AGCUGUAUUAUGGUAGAUCUCACAAGCUUUUCCAACGCUUUAGGAAGAUACAAUUCCCGUCCCGGUGAGCUCACAAGCAGCAAGCGAAGGGUAUGAAAUCGCUGGUAGCUGUAGUAGUAGUAGGCUGUUAUCCUCUGAUGUGGGCCAGCUGCUCGAGGAGGAUACGUAACAUCCCUGGCCCAGCAGGUUACAAUCACCCAGAUGGAUCCAUGCUCCGGCACCCUCACCCGCCCUUUGGUCUCUAGGUCUGUGGGGCUCCCACCCACCCUCUGCUCUGCGCUGCUGCUGAGAUGGUCUCCCCAGCCAUUGCUCUGGCCUUCAUCCCCUUCCUGGUCACCUUGAUCAUCCGCUACCGGCACUACUUCCUGCUCUUCUACCGGGCGGUGCUGGUGCGCCGGCUGCAGGACUGCCUGACGGGCAUCUCCCGGGAGGAGCGGGCCUUCCAGUACGUCCUCACGCAUGCCAUCCCCGGCGACCCCCACCACAUCCUCGAGACCUUCGACCAGUGGUGCUACCACUGCGAGUACCUCAGCAACGUGGGGCCUCACAAAGGUAAGAUCCUGGACCGUCUGAUCUAUGAGAACACGCCGCUCACCGUGCUAGAGCUGGGCACGUACUGUGGUUACGCCACCAUCCUCAUGGCCCAGUGUUUGCCCAUGGGUGCCCGGCUCUACACCGUGGAGAUGGACCCACGCAAUGCCGCAGUGGCCGAGAAGGUCAUCCGCCUGGCCGGCUUCGACGAGGACACUGUGGAGCUGAUUGUGGGCGCCUCAGAGGAGGUGAUCCCGCAGCUGAAGGAGAAGCACGGCCUGCUCAAGGCCGACUUUGUCUUCAUGGACCACUGGAAGCGCUGCUACCUGCGGGACCUGCAGCUGCUGGAGGCCCACGGCCUGCUGCUCGAGGGAGCCACCAUUGUGGCCGACAACGUGGUCUUCCCCGGCGCGCCCCAUUUCCUGCAGUACGUCAAGACCUGUGGCAAGUACCAGUGCAAGAUGCACAGGACCAGCUUGGAGUACUUCCGGGCCAUCCCCGACGGCAUGGCUGAACUCACCUACACCGGCCUGGACUGAGCUCUCGCGGCCAAGGUGGGGCUGCCAGGCUGGGCCCCGUCCUGCCCUGCCAGGGGUCCAGCUGGUGCUGCACCAGAGCUGAGGGGUGUCUGGGUUUGGGGGCCAUGUAGAGAUGCUCAAAGGCUGGGUCUGGUGGGGGUGUGUGUGCCCACGUGCGUACGGCCUUGCCACGCUGCCCGAGCUGCACGUGAGCCCGUCUCUGCUCUGUAUGUAUAGGGGCCAGAGUCUGUUCUCAUUUCCACUGGCGUGAAUCCAGAGCGACUCCAGAGUACUCUGCGUUCACACCAGCAGCUGUGAGAUGAGACUCAGGUUCACACAAGCUGCACUGUUUGUGAAGGAACGGGAGUCUCCCGGAUAGGUCUGCUGCACUGUAUGAACGAGCGGCGCACGCGUGCACACACCCAGGCUGCAGCCACCACUCAGAGGUUUUGUUUGCCCCCCACCUUUCGUCCCCUUUUGCCCCACUCCCAUUGCUCCUGUCUUCAUGCCUUCUCCUACACCUGGGACUGCCGACCUAGCCCCUCCCCCACGGGCAUUAGGCCCCUCUCCCCCUUUCAAAUCCCUCCUCCAAACUUUCCCUUUCUGGAGAUUUAAAGGGCCAGAAGAAAGCAGCCCCGUCAUCCUGGCCCUCCUGUUGUGUCCUGCGACAGGGCCUUUGUCUUUCCGGGGUUCCUGUGCAGUGCUGGGCUGACCCUCAGCGCGCAGCAAAGCAGCCUGCAGGGGGUGUCCACCCUAGGAAGCAACCCCUUUCCCCCUAGUGACACCAAGCUCCCCUGCUCUGUGCUCCCUCCCCCUCCCCCCCCCGGUUACUAUGAGCACCAUUCAUGUAGGGGACAGCCCUUGUUACCCAGGGCCACCAGAACCCUAUGGUUCAGCUGGGAUUGGGAGAUGGGUCUGAGCACAGAGCAUGGACUAGUGACUGGCUGGUUCUCCUGAGUGUAAUCAGCUGGCUUCCCUGAGCCAAGCAGGCCGGAGCGUGUACCACCCGGGCCAGCAGAGAGGGUGGCAGGACGCCGGGGCUCUGUUCCUGGCUCACUGGGCGAGUCAUUUCACCUCUCUGUGCUAAAAGGUUCCUAAACCCCAUUUACAAAAACCAGACAGUAAAGCCAGGGGGCCACAUCUUCUCUCUCAGGCUUCAAAAGUCACUUCAUCGGGGGGGAGGGACAGCUCAGUGGUUUGAGCAUUGGCCUGCUAAACCCAGGUUUGAGAGUUCAAUCCUUGAGGGGGCCAUUUAGGGAUCUGGGGCAAAAAUCAGUACUUGGUCCUGCUAGUGAAGGCAGGGGGCUGGACUCUAUGACCUUUUGAGGUCCCGUCCAGCUCUAUGAGAUAGGUAUAUCUCCAUCCUCCAGACACAAUAUUUAAAUAAAUCCCCAAAAUAUCACCCUGUAACCUUAACUCCAACCCUAGGAGAUGGCAAUACAAGGCAGAGUUUAGAGUAAAAUAUGGACUGAUCUAUCAUAGAUGGAAGGUGCUAAGCUCCUACAGUGAGGAAGGAUGGUCCAGGGGUUAGGGUGCUGACUUAGAGCUGAAUUCAAUUUCCUGCUCUACCACAGACUUGCUUGGGCUAGGUCCCACUUUCCCCAUGCCUCAGUUCCCCUUCUGUACAAUGGGGAUAACUGCACUGCUGUGCCUAGGGUGUGAGAGGAUAAAUCCAUUGUGGCUUGUGAUGAGCUCAGAUACUAUUGUAUGUUACAGGUAAGAAGACAGAAAAUAUAUUACCUCUAUAUAAAUCCAUGCUACGCCCACAUCUUCAAUACUGCAUGCAGAUGUGGUUGCCCCAUCUCAGAAAAGAAAUAUUGGACUUGGAAAAGGU